AUGUCGUCAUAUACUUCAAAGUUAGUGUUAGCGUUAUCAUGUUCUAUAACAUUUGGCAUUGUAGGCUACGUGCAUAUAAAGCAACAAUACGACAGGGAAAAAAUGCAUGAAGGAGUGAUAAGAGAUGUAGAAAGACAACAGAGAAGGAAAAUAGAAAAUGUAUACAUAUUAGAAAAACAGAAUGAAUUGACAAAGAAAUUGAAAAAGGAACUGGAAAGCUAA